AUGGCUUCAUCUCCUUUGAGAUCAAAAUCCAACUACCACAUUCGUUCUGUCAGCUUGCCUUCUAGACUUCACCAGGUCAUUACACCAGUCGAUGAGCAUUUGAGGCUAAGUGGCCUUGAAAAAAUGUAUGAUCGUUUGGGCGAUUUGCUUCAAUUGCCACAAACUCAGCAAGCCUUUGCUCAACAACGCCAUGAGAAAUGGGUUGAAGUGGUUCUUGAAAAGUAUCUAAGGUUAUUGGAUGUGUGUGCUACAGUUAAAGAUGUAUCCGCACAAACUCAACAAGAUUUGCAAGGCCUUCAUUCAAUCCUACGCAGAAGAAGGGAGGCGGAUGACUUUUCAGAGUACUUGAAUUCGAGAGAGCAGGUAAAGAAGGUGAUCCAAAAGUCCCUAAAGGAUUUGAAGAGUAUAAAAACCAAGCAUGCUGUCGUAGCUCUUGGAAAAAGCCGGGAAUUUUUGGAUUUGCUGAAUGUGGUUGAAGCAACCACUAUUUGGGUGGUCGAGUCAUUGUUGUCCUUUAUUUCAGGGACUAAGGCAGAGUCAAGAUUGAGUGCAUUUUCUUUGGCUUCCAAACUGUUGCAACGAAAGAGCAUUGCAUCCAAAGUUGAAGAAACAAAGAGUAACAUGUUUGAGAAAUUUGAUGCUGCAUUGCACUCAUUCAACAAUCAUAAGGCGAGUAAAUCUGAUAAUGCAGUACAUGUCGAGAAUGUGCAAAACCAGUUGGGGAAGAUGGAGUCGAGCAUUGAAGAUAUCGAAGAAGGACUCGAGUGUUUGUUCAGACGGUUAAUCAAAACGAGAGUUAUCCUCCUCAACAUUCUCAACCACUAG